GCUAAGCGCUUCCGGACUCCAGGUACCGCCGGUUCAUGUAGCUGCCCCCGACUUACUGCUUUGCAGCUGCAGUGAAGGCGAGCGCCUGCAGAAUCGCAACUUUGCCAAUGGACCUGAUUGGGUUUGGUUACGCGGCCCUGGUGACAUUUGGAAGCAUUUUUGGAUAUAAGCGGAGAGGUGGUGUUCCAUCUUUGGUUGCUGGUCUUUGCGUUGGAUUUUUGGCUGGCUAUGGAGCUUACCGUGUCUCCAAUGACAAACGAGAUGUAAAAGUGUCACUGUUUACAGCUUUCUUCCUGGCCACCAUAAUGGGUGUGAGAUUUAAGAGGUCCAAGAAAAUAAUGCCUGCUGGGCUGGUUGCAGGCUUAAGCCUCAUGAUGAUCCUGAGACUUGUCUUACUGCUGCUCUGAGCAUCCAAAGGAACUGAAAACAAAGCUCAUAUCAUCCUGCUGUAACAGGCACAGCAUAUUUUUUGUAUUUAAAAGAUAAAUUUCAAUAUGGGAUGUUAAGCGUCUUAUGUUAGAAUAACAAAAGUAACACUGUCAUCUCUACUAUGAACACUAGUUUAAGGUCAUUUAAAAAAUUGUUUUAACCCUUUUCUAGUUGUCAAGCACUGUUUUCAUUAAAGGUGUUCAAAGAAUCUUGAAACUCUCCUCCA